CAGCCGUUACAAUAUUUACGUUGAAGACACUGAAAUAAGGAGGAGCUCCUGUUUGUUGCCGCUCCUCCUCCGACACGAGCCGGGAGGAGCAGGAGGAGGCGAGGAAGGAAGACGAGGAGGAGGAGAGCCGCUUGCUGUGUUUAGGAGGAAGAGGAAGAGGAAGGGGAGGACAUUGCAAUCUUUUCUGUGACUCAUCGUUUGGACAUAAAGCAUCCAUUUAGCCCUCCCACUCUACCCAGGGAUAUUAAUGUAUCAUUCGUAGUUUUCAUUUGCACACCAAUGGGAUGUUUUCCUGCCAAAAGCGACAUGCGGUCCAGUGAGCGGCAUGUUGUGGGCUGCACGCCGCUCAGCGCGCACUGAAAGGCGGCUGCAGCGGUGGCGACACCCCGGCCUCUGUCAUCCGCGACCCGCGGGACCGUACCCUACUUUUAUCGCGAUUUUGGAUCCCCAUCGUCCCUCGGUGCAGGGGGGUGGGGUCCUGUCACCCGGCCUGCGUCAUCAACAAACUCAAAAGUCCAUGUGCACAACUCCGACCUUCCUCUUGUGAUCAAGAUGGAGAGCGAGAGGAAGAGGAGGAAGUACUCCACCAGCAGCAACGACUCUGACACCACAGACAGUCAGGUGACAUCGUGGUCCAGGUGGUCUAAGAACAUGAACACCAGCAUCACGUGGGUCCGACACCAGCACAAGAAACCAUCAGAGGUGUUUCGGACCGACUUCAUCACGGCCAUGAAGCUGCCCGACUCGGCCCAGCUCGGCCCGGACGACUUCUACGUGCUGUCGGACCCUUGGAGGCAAGAGUGGGAGAAGGGGGUGCAGGUGCCCGCCAACAUGGAGGCUAACCCACAGCCUGUGGUCCGGCUACUGCCAGAGUCGACAGCUGUGCUCAACCCCUCGCCCCGGCCUGCGCCAGGCCCACUGUACAGCUGCUACGACCUGGACGACACCGACGUGUCCUGGCUGGACCUCGCCAACCAAGAGUUCAGUCACAUGGCCCAACCAGAGCUGGACGAGCUGACGAUGGAGGUGGUCCUGGUGGAGUUUGAGCGCGUGUGCGAGGAGAAGAUGCAGCAGGCCAUCGAGGCAGAGGAGGGUCUCGGCAUCGAGUACGACGAGGACGUGGUGUGCGACGUGUGCCGCUCGCCCGAGGGCGAGGACGGUAACGAGAUGGUCUUCUGCGACAAGUGCAACGUCUGCGUGCAUCAGGCAUGUUACGGCAUCCUGAAGGUGCCGCAGGGCAACUGGUUGUGUCGGAUGUGCGCCCUGGGCGUCCAGCCCAAGUGUCUGCUGUGCCCCAAGAGAGGCGGCGCCCUCAAGCCCACCCGCAGUGGAACCAAGUGGGUCCACGUCAGCUGUGCCUUAUGGAUCCCUGAGGUGAGUAUAGGAUGUCCAGAGAAGAUGGAGCCUAUCACCAAGGUCUCCCACAUCCCCGCCAGUCGGUGGGCUCUGUCCUGCAGCUUGUGUGGCGAGCACACAGGAACCUGCAUACAGUGUUCCAUGCCCUUGUGUGUCGUGGCCUUCCACGUGACCUGCGCCUUCGACCACGGUCUGGAGAUGAGGACCAUCCUGGCCGACAAUGACGAAGUCCGCUUCAAGUCCUUCUGUCUGGAGCACAGCGGCAACUGCGCCUCCAACGGAGCGGCGACCCGACCCGACCGGCCGUCCGAGCUCGUGUCGCCGGCACAUCCGGUCUCGGCGUCCGAGAAAGCUGAGCGAGACCAGCUGGAGAGGGACAAGGUGAGCCAGAGGAAGCAGAAGCUCCAGGAGCUGGAGGACGAGUUCUACCAACUGGUGGACCCCGCCGACGUGGCCGAGAACCUGGCAGUGCCCUUCACGCAGGUGGACUUCCUCUACCAGUUCUGGAAGCUGAAGAGGAAGGCCAACUUCAACCAGCCUCUCGUGAGCUUAAAGAGGGAUGAGGUGGACGACCCGGCCCAGCAGGAGCAGGACGUCCUCUACAGGCGCCUUAAACUCUUCACGCACCUCCGACAGGACCUGGAGAGGGUGCGUAACCUGUGCUACAUGGUGACCAGGAGGGAGAAGAUGAAGCUGAGCUUGUGUGAUCUGCAGGAGAAGAUCUUCCACCUGCAGAUCCAGCUGCUGGAAGAGGAUCUGGUUGGAGGUUUGUCCAAGUCCUUCCCGUUGGACAACUCGUUGUUUGACAGCUGGCUGGCCCAGUCGGUGAAGAUCACAGCGGACGACGUGCUCAGCAAGUGGACUCUGGCUUCCCAGCAUCGCGACAAACAUGGCCGCCUGCUCUCCGACCAGCUCCUUCAGGGCGAAAAGAACCUUCUGAAUCUCAUGAUGGAAAAGUCCCUCGAGUCCACUUGGAAAACCCCUCAGCUGGGUCGUAAAUCCCGAGGGAGCUGCAAGCCUCGUGCUCGUGGACUCCCGCUGUCCUCCGGCACCACGCCACACAGCACGCUUUUGUGCACCAGGUCUGCAUCCAGUGCGUCCGCCGCCAAGAAGCUGUUGCUUGGCAAAGUGGAGGAAAAGCCAGGAGGUCAGGUGGUGCACAAGGGGGAGCGAUCCAGAGGUUCCUCCAGGGUCCUACACCACCACCACCUUCAUCACCACCAGACCAGGAGUUCUGACCUUCACAGGGACCCGGCGCUGCAGCCGCCCAUUUCCAAAAUGGACUCAUGUCACAUCUCGGAGGACCACGGUCCGUGGGAGAGCAACAGUGACGCGUCAUCUCCGAUGUCAUGCUCCACGCCGCGGCUCCGCCUGUCCCGUCAGGUUAAAACCAGAAUGCGGAACGUCGGUGGACCGGGACCUACUGCUAAGGACUUGUCCUUACUGGACCCUGCCGAAACGAACGGCUACUUUUCUGACGGAAAGCAGAGCGGCCGCAAACUCCGCUUGGCACAGUUGCAUUCCGCCAACGAGGACCUGCUGAGGCGGAGCGUGAUGGCGUCCUAAAUAGGAACAGCAGACUUGUUCUUUUACUAGCGUUUUGACUCCACCUGUGCCCUGUCCAGCAUCCCUGCAGCUGAUUGGCUUCCUAGGAGUAUUUGAAUGUAGCUACUAGCGUACCGGCUAAUACAGGAAACAGACUUUCAGCCUAAGUCUCAAGUUUCCGAACGUUUUGAGUCCACCACCAAGAAACACUUUGGGGCAUUGUUGUAAAUAUUCCUACGGAGAUGCUUUCAGGGUCCAAAUGAACAGCAAGUGGUGUCGGAAAGCACAACUAUCUAGCAAGUAGCGUUAGCACUGGCUGCUUUGUAGUUUGUGAUUAGAAAUGGAAAAUCUUAAAACCCCUUCAGAAAAAAAUUCUGAUGAUUUAAAAAAAAAAAUAUUUUGCCUAAAAAAAUAAUAUCAAACUGUGCCUUCUCGCACCCCCCAACCCUGCGCCGCCACCUCAAUCAAAUGGCCGUCAACAAAUUUGUAACAAUCAAAGCCAGAGAACGGCCUCGGCUCUAACGAAUGUCGCCGCCAGCAGGCUCAUGUGGACCUUAAUGAAUCAUUGCAGAGUGCCUAAACAGAUGUAGAAGCAGCUUUGCCAUCAAUCAAGUCUCUUAUCAGCGCAAAGAGCUUUCCUUUCAAGCCCCAAACCUCCCCCCGUCCAUCAGAUAAGCCGGAUCGGAAUGAUCCAUCAGGCUUGCCGGGUUGGUCCAUGGAUUGGUCCAUCGGGCGUGCCAAAGGGGACCCUUUUUGGUCCAUGGAUUGGUCAAUCGGGCAUGCCUGGUGGGACUCUUUCUGGGAAUGCCGGGUUAGUCCAUGGAUUGGUCCAAUGGGCAUGCUGGGUUGGUCCAACAGGCAUGCCGGGUGGGACUCUUUGAGCAUGCCAGGUUGGUCCAUCUGGCAUGCCGGGUUGGUCCCUCUGGCAUGCCGGGUUGGUCCAAUGGGCAUGCAGGGUUGGUCCAACAGGUAUGCCGGGUGGGACUCUUUGAGCAUGCUCGGUUGGUCCAACUGGUAUGCUGGGUAGAACCCUAUGGACAUGCCAGAUUGGUCCAACAGGCAUGCUGGGUUGGUCCAACAGGCCUGCUGGGUUGGUCCAUCAGGCAUGCCGGGUUGGUCCAACGUGCAUGCUGGGUAGGACCCUUUGGACAUGCCGGGUUGGUCCAACAGGCAUGCUGGGUUGGCCCAACAGGCAUGCUAGGUUGGUCCAUCAGGAAUGCCGGAUUGGUCCAACGGGCAUGCUGGGUAGGACCCUUUGGACAUGCCGGGUUGGUCCAAUGGGCAUGCCGGGUUGGUCCAACAGGCAUGCAGGGUUGGUCCAACAGGCAUGCCGGGUGGGACUCUUGGAGCAUGCCAAGUUGGUCCAUCGGGCAUGCUAGGUAGGACUCUUUAGACAUGCCAGAUUGGUCCAACGAGCAUGCCGGGUGGGACUCUCUGAGCAAGCCGGGUUGGUCCAAUGGGCAUGCAGGGUUGGUCCAACAGGCAUGCCGGGUAGGACCCUUUGGACAUGCUGAAUUGGUCCUUUUUGGCAUGCCGGGUGGGACUCUUUGAGCAUGCCAGGUUGGUCCCUUUGGUCAUGCCGGGUCGGUUCUUCGAAAAUGCCAGAUUAGUCUAUCGGACUUUUGUUGUAACUCGGCGACACGUUACGUCGUUAAAAUAAAAGAAGAUAUUUGCUGUUUUUGUGCAGAAGGCGUUCUGUGCUUAUCUCAGGGUUUAAAACAACUUUUAGAAAACGGUUUAAAAAAAAAGGUAUGGAAUUUAAAAAGCUACAUUUUAUUUUGUGUAUAAAACUAAAUCAACACUUUGUUUUUUAAUUGUAACUAAGAUUGUUGCUUAUAUAUAAAUAUAAAGAUGGUGACGCGUGUAUGUCGACAAACUUCCAUAUUUGGACGAGCUCCGCGGCAACUACUGACUGGGCGCCUUCCUUCUUUGGGUCACAUGAUUGCUUUGGACCAAUCAGCUGAGAGCGUGGUCACGUGACCGCCCUCGUCGCGAGCGAAGGUGAGCUGAAAGUGAAGCAACGUUGACGUUUUAGAUGUCGUGUUAUGGGGCAGUCUACUUCCUGGUUCAUUGUUGCUACGCUAACGGGCUAACUCCGACACAUUUGCUGCUAAAGUCAACACACACUUACACACACAACACACACACACAGCAGGUUUGGUGUAACAGGGUUUGACGCCAUCGUAUGCGCUCCUUACAGGUUGUUAUCAUUGCUGGUCCUUUCGUGGCCCGCCAGCGCCACCACUGGUAGGAAUUGGGAAACCGUCAACAUUUUCGGUGUUCUUCAGAGUAGCCUGACUGUCGGUGAUGACAUCACAGACACGUGGUAGCGAGGCCGCAAAACGUGGGCGGGGCUAAACACAGGUUCAUAGCAAGCUAACUCGCUAGCUAACUCGCGAGCUAGCUAGCUACCUCGCGAGCUAGCUAGCUAGCAAGCGGCUCAAUGUAAAGCCACGUUUACCUGGCCAGACGUCAUGUGGCCUCUUAAGUGUACACAAAAGUACUUCCUUGGUAGUGUACACAAAUGUACUUCUUUGGUAGUGUACACAAAUAUACUUCCAUGGUAGUGUACACAAGUACUUCCAUGGUAGUGUACACAAAUGUACUUCCAUGGUAGUGUACACAAAUUUACUUCCAUGGUAGUGUACACAAAUUGACUUCCUUGGUAGUGUACACAAAUUGACUUCCAUGGUAGUGUACACAAAUGUACUUCCAUGGUAGUGUACACAAAUGUUCUUCCUUGGUAGUGUACACAAAUGUACUUCCAUGGUAGUGUACACAAAUGUACUUCCAUGGUAGUGUACACAAGUAUUUCCAUGGUAGUGUACACAAAUGUACUUCCAUGGUAGUGUACACAAAUUUACUUCCAUGGUAGUGUACACAAAUGUACUUCCUUGGUAGUGUACACAAAUGUACUUCCUUGGUAGUGUACACAAAUAUACUUCCAUGGUAGUGUACACAAGUACUUCCUUGGUAGUGUACACAAAUUUACUUCUAUGGUAGUGUACACAAAUUUACUUCUAUGGUAGUGUACACAAAUGUACUUCCUUGGUAGUGUACACAAAUGUACUUCCUUUGUAGUGUACACAAAUGUACUUCCAUGGUAGUGUACACAAGUACUUCCAUGGUAGUGUACACAAAUAUACUUCCAUGGUAGUGUACACAAGUACUUCCAUGGUAGUGUACACAAACUUACUUCCAUGGUAGUGUACACAAAUUUACUUCCAUGGUAGUGUACACAAGUGUACCUCUGUAUAGUGUACACAAAUGUACUUCAUGGUAGUAUACACAAGUGUAUCUCUAUAUAGUGUACACAAAAAAUACUUCUAAGGGAGUGUACACAAAAAUACUUCUAUGGGAGUGUACACAAAUGUACUUCCAUGGUAGUGUACACAAGUACUUCCUUGGUAGUGUACACAAAUUUACUUCUAUGGUAGUGUACACAAAUUUACUUCCAUGGUAGUGUACACAAAUGUACUUCCUUGGUAGUGUACACAAAUGUACUUCCUUGGUAGUGUACACAAAUGUACUUCCAUGGUAGUGUACACAAGUACUUCCAUGGUGGUGUACACAAAUAUACUUCCAUGGUAGUGUACACAAGUAUUUCCAUGGUAGUGUACACAAGUACUUCCAUGGUGGUGUACACAAAUAUACUUCCAUGGUAGUGUACACAAGUAUUUCCAUGGUAGUGUACACAAGUACUUCCAUGGUAGUGUACACAAAUUUACUUCCAUGGUAGUGUACACAAAUUUACUUCCAUGGUAGUGUACACAAACUUACUUCCAUGGUAGUGUACACAAAUUUACUUCCAUGGUAGUGUACACAAGUGUACCUCUGUAUAGUGUACACAAAUGUACUUCAUGGUAGUAUACACAAGUGUAUCUCUAUAUAGUGUACACAAAAAAUACUUCUAAGGGAGUGUACACAAAAAUACUUCUAUGGGAGUGUACACAAAUGUACUUCCAUGGUAGUGUACACAAAUGUACUUCCUUGGUAGUGUACACAAAUGUACUUCCAUGGUAGUGUACACAAGUACUUCCAUGGUAGUGUACACAAAUAUACUUCCGUGGUAGUGUACACAAGUAUUUCCAUGGUAGUGUACACAAGUACUUCCAUGGUAGUGUACACAAAUUUACUUCCAUGGUAGUGUACACAAACUUACUUCCAUGGUAGUGUACACAAAUUUACUUCCAUGGUAGUGUACACAAGUGUACCUCUGUAUAGUGUACACAAAUGUACUUCAUGGUAGUAUACACAAGUGUAUCUCUAUAUAGUGUACACAAAAAAUACUUCUAAGGGAGUGUACACAAAAAUACUUCCAUAGUAGUGCUCACAAAUAAACAUUUAUAGUACUGUACACUACUAUAAUAUCCUGUACUUCUAUAGUACUGUACACUACUAUAAUAUCCUGUACUUCUAUAGUAGUGUACACAAACCUCUGUAGUACUGCACACUACUAUAGAAGUAGAUUUGUGUACAUUACUACAAUAUACUGUACUUUUAUAGUAGUGUACACAAAUAGCGUUUAUAGUACUGUACACUCCUUUGGAAGUACAUUUGUGUACAAUACUAUAAUAUCCUGUACUUAUAUAGUAAUGCACACAAACUUCUGUAGUACUGUACACUACUAUAGAAGUAGAUUUGUGUACAUUACGACAAUAUACUGUACUUUUAUAGUAGUGUACACAAACUUCUGUAGUACUGUACACUACUAUAGAAGUAGAUUUGUGUACAUUACGACAAUAUACUUUACUUUUAUAGUAGUGUACACAAACUUCUGUAGUACAGUACACUACUAUAGAAGUAGAUUUGUGAACAUUACAACAUUAUACUUUACUUUUAUAGUAGUGUACACAAAUAUACUUUUAUAGUAGUGUACACAAAUAUACUUCUAUAGUAGUGUACACAAACUUCUGUAGUACUGUACACUACUAUAGAAGUGGAUUUGUGUACAUUACGGCAAUAUACUGUACUUCUAUAGUAGUGUACACAAAUAUACUUUUAUAGUAGUGUACACAUACUUCUAUAGUAGUGUACACAAACUUCUGUAGUACAGUACACUACUAUAGAAGUGGAUUUGUGUACAUUACGGCAAUAUACUGUACUUCUAUAGUAGUGUACACAAAUAUACUUGUAUAGUAGUGUGCACAAAUAUACUUGUAUAGUAGUGUACACAAAUAUACUUCUAUAGUAGUGUACACAAAUAUACUUCUAUAAUGGCUAUUUACAGUGAGGCUUCAAUGCCCUCUCCUACCUUCCUUGUAUCCUUCCUUCCUUUCUUCCUCAGCUUCCUUAGUCCUAGACAGGAGUCUGGGCAAGUGUGUCAAGUAGAUGCUAAAAGUUUGCUGUGUCGUGCGCUACUUUUGACCUUUUUGUGUCGGAUUGACUGACAAAUUGCAUCGUUUACUUUGUCUGUAAGAAAUGACUGGCAAUCAUGGCUGGUCAUGUGACCUGCAUGGCUGGUCAUGUGACCUGCAUGGCUGGUCAUGUGACCUACAUGGCUGGUCAUGUGACCUACAACAAUAUGGUAAUAAUCAAUCAAUGAUAUAUUCUGUAAAAACACAUUGGCAGACUGUCGUGUGCAUGCCAGAGCAGCAGGUGGCAGUAACACUUUAUUACAACAGUAUGAGUAGUUUUCUUUUUUUUAACGUUUUCAUUUCAUCGUUCCUUUUUGUUCCAAUGGUUCCUCCUUCGCUAUCUAUGAAGUAAUAAUUUCCCAACUUGUCAUUUUCCUAACCACUAAAACGCCACAUUCACACGUUCUACACUAUUCUGGUUCCGAUACGUUAAUAAGUUUACUAUUCUGGUUCCGAUACGUUAAUACGUUUACUAUUCUGGUUCUGAUACGUUAAUACGUUUACUAUUCUGGUUCUGAUACGUUAACACGUUUACUAUUUUGGUUCUGAUACGUUAACACGUUUACUAUUUUGGUUCUGAUACGUUAACACGUUUACUGUUUUGGUUACGAUACGUUAAGACGUUUGCUGUUCUGGUUCCGAUGCGUAAACACGUUUGCGAUUCUGGUUCCGAUGCGUAAACACAUUUGCGAUUAUGGUUCCGAUGUAUUAACACGUUUGCGAUUCUGGUUCCGAUGUAUUAACACGUUUGCGAUUCGGGUUCCAAUGCGUGAACACGUUUGCGUUUCUGAUUCCGAUGCGUUAACACGUUUGCUAUUCUGGUUCCGAUGUAUAAACACGUUUGCGAUUUGGGUUCCGAUGCGUGAACACAUUUGCGAUUCUGGUUCCGAUGCGUUAACACUUUUGCUAUUCUGGUUCCGAUGCGUUAACACACUCCCUAUUCUGGUUCCGAUGCGUUAACGCUUUUGCUAUUCUGUUUCCGAUGUAUAAACACGUUUGCGAUUUGGGUUCCGAUGCGUGAACACAUUUGCGAUUCUGGUUCCGAUGCAUUAACACUUUUGCUAUUCUGGUUCCGAUACGUUAACACGCUCCGUAUUCUGGUUCCGAUGCGUUAACACACUCCAUAUUGUGAUUCCGAUACAUUAACACGUUUGCUAUUCUGGUUCCGAUGUGUUAACACACUCCGUAUUCUGAUUCCAAUGCGUUAACACGCUCCCUAUUCUGGUUCUGAUGCGUUAACACGUUUGCUAUUCUGGUUCCAAUGCAUGAACACGUUUGCAAUUCUGAUUCCGAUGCGUUAACACAUUUGCUAUUCUGGUUCUGAUACGUUAACAUGCUCCCUAUUCUGGUUCUGAUGCGUUAACACACUCCCUAUUCUGGUUCCGAUGCGUUAACACACUCCAUAUUGUGAUUCCGAUACGUUAACACGUUUGCUAUUCUGGUUCCCAUGCGUUAACACGUUUACUAUUCUGGUUCAGAUGUGUUGUUAACACGUUAAGUAUUCUGGUUAUGAUACGUUAACACGCUCCCUAUUCUGGUUCCGAUGCGUAAACAAAUGUUGUACAAACCGCCAUAGCAGAGGAUUCACCAUAGACUUGAUUUUUACCAAAUUAAAAAACCUAAAAUCUGAGGGAAAAAAUGAAACCUUGAGUGUGUUCAAACUAAAUGCACUUCAUAUUUCACUUAAAUCUUGAUAUUAACUGAAACGUGGUUUACACCAAGCAGUAGUUUGGUUUUCUUUGGUACAGUGCGUCUUUUUGGCAUUUCCACUGAAAAGACCAAAAAACUCCAGUAUAUUAAUCAAAAAUGACAACAUAGAAAGUGAUUGGUGUUUGUUUUCAGCCAAGUUAUUCAUAAUUUCACAGCGAACCGUUGCACUUUUUCUGUCAGUAGGGGGCAGCACAUCACCUGAAGGUGCCGCCCUCUUCCCUCUCAUGGUUGCCUCUUGAGGCACAAAGCAGUAUUGCAAGUCACGUGUUUCUUUCUAUGUCCUGUUUUUUUUGUUUUUUUUCUUCAAAUAAGUACAACUUUACUUCCCCUCAGGAUUUAAAUGUAGUGUGUGCCGUUUCCUUGGCUAAACUUGAUUUCCAAGCACUUGUUUUCUAAGCACUUCCAAGUUUAUUUGCGUGACGUUUUCUCUUUUUUUGGUCCUCAUCAGCGUCUCGCAGGCUGUCCUAAUCGUCCUGAAAUCCAAUUGAUGUUUAAUAUGUUGCAAGAAUGUUAAUAGCAAAGAUAAAUAUUCAACAUAUAUGGAGAGAAUAAAUACAAGAGCUAUUUUAAAUUAUUUUAGCCUUUUUUUUUUUUUUGCUCUAUUUAUUUUCUUGUAUUAGAAUCUUCUUUGUAGGAGACAACUUUGUAAAGAAAGUGUAUUUUUCAUUCAUAGUGCGAAAAAAACAAAAAAAAAAGCUAUAUUCUUCCUUUUUGUACAAUUUCCAGGUUUUGAAGGCAGACUUUGAAAGCAAUAUGAUGUCCGUCUUGUGACGUAUCUGCAUGCUUUGUGUUGCCUUAACCACCGCAGCGCCCCACUUUUGACCCCGCCCACCCUUCCACAAGCCCCACCUCUUCCGGUGGCAUCCCGCCUGCUCGGGUCCAUUGGCGUCAAUAAAGCGAUGCUUUGUGUGUCUAGGCUGCCUGUUGUAUUGUCACCUUCUUCCCACUGGUGGGCCUUCUCUGCUAACCACAAAUCAUAAUUAAAGAUAAAAGUCAUUUUUUAUUUACUUUCC